UUCCGUCAGGUCUCAGCCGGCAGCUUCUUCACGUGCGGCAUCACUGAGGGCAAGGAGCUGCUCUGCUGGGGGCAGGACUAUGACGGGCAAACGGUCGUACCAAAGAUCCACCGGGAGGAGCAUCCUACCUUCAACGCCACGGCGAUCAGGAACUGGACGUCUGUCUCCUGUUCCUCCGGCUACCAUCACGCGUGCGGCGUAGCUGACGAUCGGAUCGUCUGCUGGGGCAACAACGAGUUCAACCAGACCGUCGCCCCGCUGCAGCACAACUGGAGCCAGGCGUCAGCUGGGCAGUACCACAGCUGCGGCCUGACCUUGGACGGAGUGGCUCUGUGCUGGGGAGAUAACACUCACGGUCAGACUUCCGUCCCUCCCCUCCCCGGCCAGCGCUGGCGGCAGAUCUCAGCAGGUCACUACCACACCUGCGGGGUCCUCGUCGACGGCAGAGGCUUCUGCUGGGGUUCUGCUGUCUACGGCGCCACCUACCUCCCAGCUGACGUGACGUCAUGGAGCAAGAUCGUAGUCGGCAGGUUCCACUCGUGCGGGCUGACAGCACAGGGAGGCCUGAGGUGCUGGGGAACGAACCAAGACAAGGUCCUCGACCAUCCGCAGGUAGCACAGAGGAAGCUAAGGCUGCUCCCCGUCACCCUGACCCUUCGCUCGCAGGACGCGCGCGUCUGGCGGGGAAUUACUUCCGGUCUCUUCCACGUCUGUGCCGUCGACUCCAACUUCGUGGGCGUGUGCUGGGGGCGGAGCGCGUACGGCAUGACAACUCCGCCAAGCGAACUUUGGCUCUCGUCAUGA